AUGCCCCAGGUGAGGAGGAACAGGAAGGCUCCCCUGGAUGGCUGCCAGCUGGUGGAGCCCAUGCUGGACCAGCUGGGUCAAGAGAUAAGAGAAGUGGAGAUGGAGCCUCAAGGGAAGAAGAAACUGGAGUCCCUCUGGCCCAUCUUCAGGAUCCACCACCAGAAAACCAUAACGAGUGUCACCAUCAUACUUUCUGCAAAAAUCCCUUCACCAGGCACAUAUGAGUACUGCACCAAGGGAGACAAAAACCUGAUUGCCCAGUGGAAGAAGCAGGGCUGUGGGAACCUCUGCUGCCUGCAAUGCGUCCAGACUUGGGACACCAACUCAGGGACAAACUGCAGCUGCAGGGUCCCCAAAAGCAAGCUGGAAGUGGGAAGAAUCAUUGAGUGCACUUGCUGAUGCAGAGGCUGCUCUGGGUGA